AUGGAUCCAAGAGGAAAGAAAUUUCAACAACAGUUGGUGUAUGAAUGGAAACCAAUGUACUGUGACAAGUGCCAAAAUAUUGGACAGACAUGUGCUAACCAGCAAGUCCCUAAACCACAACAUGUAGAACAACCUAGAAGAAGAAGAGAGGCUAGAAAGGUUACCUAUGAAUGGAGAACCAAGGGUCCUGUGGUGGAAGCAGAGGCUGCUAAUAAAGUACAAGCUCAUGCCCCUAAUAUGCAACAUCAUAGUCAAAGCAGUGACCAAAUGAUAGCCCCAAAGAAUUGUCCAAUCUCAGAAACAAAUAUCACAGUGAGACAAGAGUCUGUGCAAAAGGGUAAAGACAAGGAAGUGGCCAGCCCAGAAAUGAACCUGACAAAUUUUUCUGUGCUACCAACUUCCACAAGUAGAACUGAGGUUUUGUUGACUAAAAGGGGUCAUAGUGCAAGCCUUUCCCUGGGUGUGAACAAAUGGUAUAAGCAGAAAGAAUUGAAGAACUACCUAAAAAUUAAUAAUAUUAGACUAGCAGAAGCACAACUAAUUCAUUGUUCAGUUAAAGGGAUUGCUGAUGAGAUUGAUUGCUUAGUGACAGUUGUGUAUGGAUACAAUACUGUAGAAAAGAUAAAAUAUAUAUGGGAACAACUGGAGGAGAUUGCACAGGGGAUUGCCAAACCAUGGCUUACUGGAGGAGAUUUCAACUCAGUUUUAUACUCACAGGACAAACUGUAUGAAAAUCCAAUUAAUGCAACAGAGACUAGAGACUAUGCAAACUGUGUACAAAUACAAGGUCUCAAUGCAUUAACUUGGGAAGAUGAGUAUUAUACAUGGUCCAAUAAUCAACUGGGAGCUGAUAGGAUAUGGAGUAGAAUAGACAGAAUGUUUGGGAACUAUGAUCGAAUGAUGAAAUGGGGAACAUUUGUACUGAGGAUAGGGCCAGAGACUCAACAGCAGGAAGAUACAAAAUAUCUGGUUAAAAUUGAAGGCACUCAGACCUAUGCUAAGGAAGAUGAAUAG